UUUUUUAGGGACAAAGAAUUAAGUUCUUUAGGUAUAAUAAUUUGUUUUUGGGACGUAACGGGAAUGUAUUUUAGGGACAAGCAUACACUCUACUAGCAGUAAGUACAUAAAAGUAAGCAACUGUGAAGCCAUCAUACCCAUUCCGAUACCACACAUUUUGUUUCUACUUCUUGAAUCAUCUAACCUCACGAUAAUUCCUCUAACUAAACCUACUGAACUAAGCUCAUAACAACUUGUCCUGACAAAGACAAAUAAUCACAAUGUCGGACAACAAAGAUCUUUCUCCCAUCACGGAGUCUACUGCUGCUCCAUCUCCGAGCAAGAGUUCCCCAGGAAACAACGGCGUGCCAGCGACAGAAGAGGAGACGCGCGCCAGACUUUUCAAGGCAUUUAGAUUUAAAAAUGCUAUUUCGUCUUAUUUGAUGAUCUUUGUUUGACCUUCUGUAAGCGGUUGCCGUUCGUCGUUGCUUCACUGUUGAAUUACGUGUGUGUGUUUCAAAUUUCUUGUUUGUUGUGGUCAACUGGCGUGUUGGUUCAUGAUUUUAUGUUACGAAUGAAUUGGAGUAGUCAACAGCUGAUGAUAAGAUGUAGCAGCUUCUUACCUGCUAAAGAAACCUCCACCAAUCCGGUUACUUACUAAACCACGACAGGGUCUUGGUAAAGACUUAUUGAUCGCUAUUCGUGAGAACGAUAUGGGGAAGGCUCAAGGCUUGAUUAUGGGUGGCGUGGAGCUCGAUGCACGCGAUGCAUAUGGCAGAACGGCACUGCAUCUGGCUGUCCAGCGUUCUGCAAUGGGCGUGGUGAAACUCCUGUGCAAACACGGCAUUGACGUGAAUCUGACUGACCGACUGACGGAAAACAGCGCGAUUCAUAUUGGUACACUUUUUUUGCACCAUCAUCACACUUUGCACCGAUUCAUAUUGGUACACUAACAUCUUCAGUACACUUUUUAUUUGGCGCCAUGAUUGCGGUGUAUAAUCUUGCGAAAAAUCAGUCAAAUCUUGGUUUAUAAUAUUUCAUGAACAAUUCCGCAUGCUGAGUAGAGGCGCGUAAGUAAUGAAAGACAGGAAGGAUUAUCAUCUUAGAGCACCCUCUCUCACUUCCUCAUGUUACAAAUUUCCUAUCCUUCAGCCGCUCACCGUGGACAGAUGGUGAUGAUGAAGCAUUUGAUUCUUGCCAAGGCUGACACCAACAUUGUCGGCGUCGAGGGUGACACGCCUCUUUCGCGAGCCGCGACGCAGGGCCACUUGAAAGUGAUCGAUACACUAAUAAACGAGGGCGCGAGCGCUGACUUAAGCACACGAAAGAAGCCGAAUGAGUACCAACUUUUGGAACAGCAGCAGCAAUCUAUGGCCCAUUCUUGGGGUCAUUCGGGCGUCAUGAUGACCGCAGCUGGCUCAAUGACUUCCGAAGCCAGUUUUGUUGCUUCGCCAGGCUCUCGUCGUGGCCGCAGUCCUACGCGAUCGGGGUUUGGCGCACAACGAGCAGGGGAGUACAACUACAUGGGCGCCCGCGAACGACGGGACCCAGUCAGUCCAUUGCUGAAGGCUGUGAAGCGCAACGCUGGAGUCCCAGUGAUCAAAACUUUGUUGUUAAGGCUACAAGAAAUCCAUCUGCCCCAGCAUCGAUCACUUGGUCCCGUUUUUAGAGGGAAAAAGAGACAACUCAAGAACGACGCUGCUGAAGAUGGAUUUCUCUUUGUUCUACUAAUGUUGGAGAUCGGCUGUUCCCCAGAAAAAACCGAUGAGAAAAACAACACUGCAUUGCACGUAGCAGCACACUAUGGAAACGCAAAUACGUGCCGAAUGCUGCUGCAAGCCAAAGCUUCGGUCAACGUGCUGAACCAUCUGGGUAUUAUAUAA